CUUUAUGUGGAUAGCCCCUAGAAGUAUCAGUAAAAAGCCAACAUUGUUGCAGGUCAGGAAAAUUGUCAACUGCCUGAAAUACCAACAUGAAUUGGUUGGGUUAUGCCAUUUUGUUUCAGCUGUGGACAUGCUGUACUCUCCAAAAUGUAUUCCAAGGACAAGCCCCAGUCUUCACUGGACAGGAGCUGCAGACCUCAUGGAAAGAUUCCAGGCUCCAAAGAAACUGUGGCCCUCCACCUCAUAUUAGAAAUGCAAUGGCUGCUGGCUCUCAAAGGCAAGAUUUCCCAUCUGGUUCCACUGUGAUCUAUAUAUGCUACAGAAUGUAUGAAAUGGAAGGCACUCCUCUUGCGAUGUGUUCAGAUGGUCAGUGGGUAGGUGUGCCCAGAUGUCAUGCGACCUGUCGAUCAGAUGACCUGGAAAUGGAGCACAAUAAUAUACAGGUGAAAUGGGUAACUAAGUCAACAUCCAUGACGGCAUCGGACUAUUGGAUGGAGUUUGAAUGUAAAAGGGGAUUUCGCAAGGAUCCGUUGUCACCUCCUUUUGUAAAACAAUGCUUAUCAGGACCAUGGGUAUAUCCAAGGUGUAUAUAAACAAUAGGUGGAACUUGGAUGCAGUCAAGAUAAACUUAAUCACAACUUGAAGAUUAAAGCAGCUGGGAUGUACUUACUACAGGCACAACUUCCUACUUUUUGCCAUCCUCUGGAACUUCCUUGCCUACUCACAGAACAUGGUACCCCGUCCCGAAGCCUUGAAUAUCGGUUUUCCUGAGCCGCUCUCUCCAAGCAGAAAUAGUGUCUCCACAACCUAAGCCUGCACCAUAUGUUCCUUUGGCCCUGCCUUUUAGCUCAAUUCUUAAUGCUUUCCACUUUGUUCGGCUACCUUUAUUUUUAGCUCUCUUUACAUUCAGUCACACUGCACAGCCAGCCCUUCUAUCUCUUUCCCUAAUAUCACAGCCCCCCCUGCCUCUAGAUACUAAGUGGAAUUUUCCCUCAGAGUCAGAUGGCCCCCUUUUGCAUUAGGCCCCCUCUUCUGCAGUUCCCAUGGUUUGUCCUACCUUUUUUUUUUUGCUUCUCAGCCAUCUGCAUCUGCCCCCAUCCCUCACUCUUGUUCCUGUGUUCCGUCCAUGGUCUGCCUCACUUUUGUUUCCUGUGAUGGAAUGUCAAAUUAUUACAAUGGAAAUGCCUAAAAAUAAAAAAGAUACUUUUAAAAAGGCAA